AUGGAAGCGCAUUAUCUUGAAAACUUUGUUCAGUCCGUUUUCGACGCGAUAGGAGGAGCUGAGGGCAAGACCUUUGUUGUCGGUGGCGACGGACGAUAUUUCAAUGCCGAGGCAAUCCAGACAAUCCUGCGCAUGGCCGCUGCAAACGGGGCAAAGCAUGUAAUCACCGGGCGAGGGGGCCUGCUGUCGACGCCAGCGGCAUCCAAUUUGAUCCGAAAGAAUGCCACCGACGGUGGUCUGAUCCUUUCGGCAAGCCACAAUCCAGGCGGGAUCGACGAAGACUUCGGACUCAAGUUCAACAUUCCAAAUGGCGGUCCGGCUCCCGAAGCCGUCACGAACGCAAUCUUCGAGGCCACCUGCAACAUCAACCGGUAUCUGACACUGGACACGCCCGCCAUUGAUCUUGAAACAAUCGGUGAAACACUGGUCGGGAAGAUGACCGUGAGCGUCGUUGAUCCAGUGGCGGAUUACGCAGAGUUGAUGGAAGAGCUGUUUGAUUUCACAGCGAUCCGGGAACACAUCGCCAACGGAUUCGAAAUCCGCUUCGAUGCCAUGCACGCCAUAACCGGUCCUUACGCAAAAGCGAUCCUGGAAGACGCGCUUGGCGCACCUUCAGGAACGGCGAUCAACGCGAUCCCUUUGGAAGAUUUUGGCGGUGGACACCCUGAUCCCAAUCCGGCCUGGGCCAAGGAUCUGAUGAACGAACUGAUGUCGGAUGACGGACCUGAUUUUGGCGCUGCGUCAGACGGCGACGGUGACAGGAACAUGAUCCUGGGACGGAACUGCUAUGUCUCGCCCUCCGAUAGUCUUGCCGUUUUGACUGCCAAUGCACAUCUGGCGCCCGGUUACGCGAAUGGACUUGCCGGCGUUGCCCGGUCCAUGCCGACAAGUUGCGCCGUCGACCGCGUGGCGCUGGAACUUGGUAUCGAGUGUUUCGAAACUCCGACAGGAUGGAAGUUUUUCGGCAAUCUUCUCGAUGCAGGCAAGGCAACGCUCUGCGGUGAGGAAAGUUUCGGAACCGGAUCCGAUCACGUCCGCGAAAAGGAUGGUCUCUGGGCGGUCCUUCUCUGGCUCAACAUCCUGGCAUCGAGGAAAUGCUCCGUGUCGGAGCUUCUUUUGACCCAUUGGGAAAAGUAUGGACGGAACUAUUAUUCAAGACAUGACUUCGAAGCACUUCCGAUCGCCGACGCAAACGCUCUGAUGGCGCGUGUUUCCGGGCAAUUGAAUGACCUUCCCGGUAAGUCCUUUGCCGGACUGGAGGUUACAAAGGCCGACAGCUUCGCAUACGAAGACCCUGUUGACGGCUCAAAGAGCAGCAACCAGGGCCUGCGCAUUCAGUUUUCCGGUGGCGCACGUGCCGUGUUCCGACUGUCUGGCACGGGAACCGAGGGAGCAACGGUCCGCCUUUACGUCGAAUACCUUGAAACGGAGCCUUCGAAAUUGAACGGGGACGUUCAACUGACCCUUGCGCCUGUGAUCGAGGCUGCACAUGAAAUUGCCGAUAUUGCCAAACUUGGUCGUCCCGGACCCGACGUGAUCACCUGA